AACUUGUCAUUGACGUUUGACAAUAGUCCAUUUUAUACUUUCGUUUUUAUUAUUGUAGAUCUUUCGUAAAUUGAUCAACGUGAUAUUUUUACAUUUUAUUACGAUUUCACAAUCAAAACUUUGGUUAAAAUUAAACAUGAGACUGUAAAUAUAUUAGUACAUAUCUUGUUUCCUUACAUACAAGAGUGCUUCCUUCUGUCGGACGUGAUAGUUACAAUAUAAAUUUAACUAGAUGAUAUUUUGUAAGAGUUUAAAUAUUACCAGUAGAAUAGACACUAGUUUUGAUUUAUACUGUAUAUAUCCUGAGUAAUGGCUGAUUUACGCAGGUCAGAAAUACUAGAUAACAUACAAAAAAAGAAGGACCAAGAAAAAGACCAGCCUCAAAGCCCUAAUUUCCAACAACAAUUGGCAAAGCCAGUCGAUAAACAACAGAUACAUAAUUCAGACAUACAAAGUGCGAAUGUGUCAGUGACGCAGCAUGUCCCAACACAGCUACUUUCGCCGACACAUGGCUCGGGGUCUCCAGUCCAGUCAAAAGAUGAUGCUAAGGACAAGACUAUAAAAGUUGCUAAUUCUACGACAAUAACAUUAAUUGAGAACAACGUCAACGGAGAAAAAGAUAAGGACAAUAACUAUCCUAAAAAUUAUUUUACAUUGGAGCCUAAAAAUGAAAAGAAAGAUGAUUGCAACAAAAACAGUAUCACAAUAACUAGGACAAUACCAAAGCAGUCACCGGGAGGUGGUCAAGUUGAUAAAUCUAAGAGUGCAUCGAAAGGCACUAAAAGGCCUCUUCAAUAUUUGGAAACUCUUGCUGAAAAAGCUGGAAUAACAUUUGAAGACAAAUACGAAGCUGCAAAUACAUUACUUGCUUUAGAUAAACAGAAUAAUACUUUUCGCAGACCUGAGCUUAAACAGCCAAAAUCAGAACCAGAUAAUCACUCACAAGGUGAAGAAUUUAGGUACAGAAACCAAAAAGAAGAGGAUGAUAAGUUGCAAAUACAUCAGCAAAUAAUACAGCAACAACAGCAGCAGCAACAGUUACAGCAUCUGCAACAGCAGCAACAACAACAACAACUACAACAGCUUCAACAGCAGCAAUUACAACAAUUGCAGCAGCAAGCAUUGCAACGCCAGCAUCAGGCUAUUCAACAACACUUAAAAAAUCAGCAGGACCAGCAAGAGAUUUUGCAGAAACAAUUUCAACAACAGCAGCAACAACAGCAACAACAACAACAGCAACAGCAGCAGCAGCAACAACAACAGCAGCAGCAGCAGCAACAACCUCAACAGCAGCAAACACAACAAGGAUCACAGCAACAGCAAUCACAACAGCCUAAACAAGAAAUCCAACAACACUCUCAACAGCAAGAGUUACAGCAACAGAAAUUUUUACAGGUUGUAAACAAUCAGCCGUUACAUACGCAGCAGUUUAACGUACCCGGUAUCGGUGAAAUCAAUCUCAGCUUCCUAGCGUCACCUCAAAACAACGUUAACCUUCUUUUCGACAAGAACCAGAAAACCGGCAUGAGCGGUGAGAUCAAGCAACAGCAAAUUGUUGACGGUCAAUCACAAGUGGUACAACAGCAGAUCAGUAUGUCGCAACACGAGCCGACUCAGCAGCAUCAUCAAACGGUCACAGUUGUUUCCUCUAUGCCGAGCAGUAUGGCACAGCACCAAGUCCAGCAGCAAGCAACGAGCGGUAUACAGCAGCAAGCGACUAUGCCGCCUCUACAGAGCUUACCUUCCAACACGCAACAUCCGCAGCAAAUAAGUGCUGAGUGGGGCCACAGCCGGGUGCAAGUGAUUCAGCAACCCCUUCAGAACAGCACUUACCUGCAGCAGUUGUAUAAUGCCCAGGGGCCCCUUCUGAUGCCUGGAAACAUUGCACUGCAUCCAGGAAUAAAUUCGCAGCAAAUACAGGUGAUCGCCGCCGGUAAGCCGUUCCAGAGUAGCCAACUCGCUCCCCACAUGUUGACCACGCAGGGGAAACAAGUUCUUCAAGGUCAAGCCGCACCUUUUCCCGGAUAUACGACGAUACCAGCGAUUCCGACGACUCAGAAUCAGACGUUUGUAUUCAGUCCCCUGGGCGUUAUUAACUCUCAGCCGAGUAUAAUCCCUGCACACUCGCAGCCGACCGUCUCCGGUAUUGGACAACAACAGAAACCUUCGGAAAUGCAUAAGGUUAUGAGCGGUGGUAAGGUGACGGCGACCAAAGUAGGCGGCGGCGCACAGACUGUUCCCGUUCAAGCUCAAUGCGUGCAAGUCUCCCAGCCGGUGCUCGGACAACAGCCGCAGGCGCAGAUCAUCAGUCCGUUACAGACUGGGAGUCAAACAAUGCAGUUCGCGCCAUGGCAGAUAUCAGGCGCGCUGCCUCAAGUCUGGGCUGGGGGUCUGCAAGCGGGUACCUUGCCAGCUGGGGGUCUCCUGGCCCCUAACCCCAUUUUCAUAAGGGGCACCCAAACGGACUCGCAACCCUCAAUGUUCAUACAGCACUCCCCACAGAACAAUUUACAACAUACCAAUGCGAGCGUCACGUGCGCUACCGGCAGCUCGGCCAAACCUCGUGCGUCGUCGGACGGGCUUGCGAAGAAUCCUCGGCCGCUCUCCAACAUCCUGCCGUCCGGUAGCAUUCGUCCUGCCUCGUCCGUCUCCACACAGACGAGCGCGAACCAGGCACAAAACCAGGCGAAACAGCGAGGUAAGCCGGGUGUACGGUCACCGGCGCCGACGUUGAAGCAAGAUGCUGCCAAUCAAACUAAUAAGAUGCAGCAUCAGAUGCAACAACCUAAACAACAAUUGCUCGUGAUGAACUCGAGCGGUCAAAUGACACAGAUAACGACGGACAAGCAGCCGCUCGCCAAAAGCAUCCAGCAGCAGGCGAUCCUGCAGCAGCAAGCUAUGCAGCAGCAGCAGCAACAACAACAGCAUCAGCAGCAACAGUUACUUCAUCAACAGCAUCAAACUCAGCAAAUGGUUCAACAUUACCAGCAACAAGGUAUGACGCUGGGUAUGCAGCAGGGCACUCUACCUGUUGGUUCUGUGUCACAAGCAUUGCCUAUGACGGGGAUGCCACAGACCAUAUCGAUGGUACAACAAAUACAUCCUUUAAGUAGCAUGGCUCAAGCGGGUACACUUGUGGGACAAAUAAAUACGAACCAAAAUCAACAAACCGCCUCACUCGCCCAAGUACAGACAUUACAACAACAGCAACAGACUUUAGUCGGGAACGGAUUGGUACAAACUUCCGUCGGUAUGGCCGUGCAGCAGCCCGUACUAAACCAUGCGACACAGAUGCAAGCAGGUACCAUGGGACUUAUUACCACACCGGUGCAAGGAUCAGUGUUACCGCUGCAACCUCAGGCCACGCUUGUCACACACGUUAAGAACGAGGAUGAGAAGAAUCAACAGAUGACACAGACGGCAGUAGUGCAGCAACUCUCACAACCAGACCAGAACCAGACUGUCGAGGGAUCACUAACAGAAUCAGCCACGGCCGCCACACCGAGCACGUCCGCGACCAAUAUAACAGCGGAUGCUGCCGUCUCCACUACCACGUCUACCGGACCAAACACACCAACGGAAAUGUCAAAGUCGAGUCCUGCGAAGGGGACGGAGGGCGCCUCGAUGAUGGUCCACGAGUCCACAUCGAUGUCCACAGGGAGCACCCCAUCGUCGGUCUCCGCCCCCGUGCCCAGCAGUGCGCAACACACUACUUCCAUCGCGCCGCAGGUCGUGACGACCACAGCAUGCUCGAGCUCCUCUGCAAGUAUGACGUCAGCGAACAGCUCACCUGGAUCAUCGCCAGCACUAUUCAAGACUUCGCAAUCUUCAAGCAGGCAUAUGAACCAGCAAGCUGUUCACGAUAAAGGCCUACCGAAGGCUAUGGUAAAACCAAAUAUCUUGACCCAUGUAAUUGAAGGCUAUGUCAUUCAAGAAGCUGGUGAACCAUUCGCUGUCAACAGACCUCUUCGGGAAUGGUCUUCCGACAAAGAACAAGACAAGGAGAACAAGCUGCCUUCAACGGAUGAACCACCGCGUAAGAAACAAAUGUUAGAUAACGGAACGAGCCUUCCACGCAUAAGUUCGAGCAUUGAAUCGAACGAGCCGACUCAGCACGCCAGCUCGAAGUCCGAGGUGCCAAUGAACGAAACAUCGGACUCGACGGCUGACGACGCUCAGGCGAAGAUUCCCAAUGCCAAUAAAUGGACUGUGGCUGAAGUGUGCGACUUCAUACGCAACAUCCCCGGCUGCGCAGGAUACGCAGACGAAUUCCUCAUGCAAGAAGUGGAUGGUGAGGCGCUGCUGCUGAUCAAACCCGAACACCUGGUCAUGGCGUUGUCUAUGAAGCUUGGACCUGCACUCAAAAUAGUCGCCUGCAUCGACUCCCUUCGCCCAGAGAGUGAGCAAUCUAAUAACGACCACGACUGAGAUUUUUUUUAAGGUUUAUUAUUAUAAAUAGACCCAAGAUACGACACAAGAGUGUUCAUUAAAACUAUUCAUACUUUGUAAGGAUUUUGAUACUGUUUACGAUGUAUACUUUAGACAGUAAUUGUAAAUAGGUUGGCCUAAGAAGAUAUAAUUUUCAUUAGUACGUCUUUUGUAAAUAUAUUAGACUAUGUUAGAUAUUGAACGAUAGAGUUAACGGGUGCGCCAACAUCCGCUGGUUUAAAUAUAAGUGACGCGUUAGGAACUUCGAAGGAUAUCAGUUACGAACGAAAAUUAUACGAUUAUUAAAGAUGUGGUAAUGAUCUUGUAAUCUACUUAACAACAUGUUUGUUUAUAAUACUAAAUAUACUUCUGUUGUUAAUGCUCUUAUUACUUUUGUUGAAUAUACGAAGCAUGUGAAACGACUCCAUGACGGACUAUCUUGGUGUUUCGUUGGGUGGUCUACAGAAUAGCAGCAUAACUUAAAGUCGAUGGGGGAGAUAGUAUAAAUAUUGUUUUAAGUUAUGAUGACUUACUAUAAGUUGAUGGAUAUCCGUAUUACGCAUAAACAAAAGUCGACAUUGUAAUAUACCAAUAUUGUUGCCGAUAAAUUAUCACGUUUAAAAAAUGGACGCCAAAAGUCGGAAAUGUUGUGUAUAUCGUUGAUUUCCAAACACGUUUUGUUUUCUCCUUCCCUUUCAAAGCAUGCAAAGGCUUUUACCUAAACUUUUGUUUAUACGGACGUAAUGAUGUUUCGAAUCGCAUGAAGCGAUCGAGAAACAAGGACUAUGUCGAAAGUUCCGCCUAUUUAGUGCUAAGAAAUUUGCGUAAUCACGUGAAAUACAUUUUUUUAAAUGUUUCGGAGAUAUCUAAAGUGGUAAUGAAAUCCUUUCAAAAGAUUGGCAGAACAUUUUGAGCAGGAAAAAAUCUUUUUCUUUUUUAUGGAAAUUUAUGAAAAACUUUGCACAAAGGAAAAAUUCGUUUGUUACCUCUUUAGUGAAGAAUCUCUAGUAUAUUCAUUAAUUUAACUUAUCUUACAUUUACGCAAGUAUCCGUGCAUGUCCCUAGACAUAAUUUAUGUAACUUUAUUAUUUGUGUCAUAGUCUUAACGAUAUAUACAAGGUGUAAGAAUACUCGGAAUGAGUUAGUAAAUCAUAUAACUAUCACAAUUACCUUGAUAAAAACUUCGGAACGAGAAUAUAAAAAUUAAAAAGUAUAAUUAUGUAUGUGUGAUUUAAAAACUAAGUAAAACUUAAUUUAGACAUUUCUUUUAUGGGAUGAUCUGACGGAGUAAUUUGUUAAACCUUGUAUAAAGUCAAGAUACGAAUAUUUAAAUAUCGGCGUCAAUUCAGAAAUCGUGAUAAACUCUACAUGAAUCCAUAAAAGUUAUUAUAAUACUUCGUGUACAAAUUAAUUUUUUUAUAGCGGUACUGAAAGUAAUAACUAAAUCAUUGGCAUAUUAUUUAAUUUAUUUGCUUUAAAUAACAUACAUAAUCUAUUUAAAAUAAUAAUAUAUUUAAGAUUAUAUUUAAAUAAUCAUCACACUAAUGCAAAUUACAAUUUAUUUAAUUAAACCACAAUCGUCAUAAUGUUAUAUAUGUUACAUUACAAUCAAUUGUAACAUAAAAUCACAUCAUACUGUGUCUGUUUUAUAUUCGAUUAUACAUGUGUAGUCUCGGAAGUAAUAGUAAUAUGUGUAAUUACUUAGAUGUUGAACUAUAAUUUGGUUAUCGUAUUUGAUAUUAUUACCUAUUUAGUUUAGAUGUUAACACGAUUCGCGAGUGAGGUGUUGCAGGUGCAAUCGUUUACCAAUAUUUGAAAAUGGCACAUUCUCUAGAUGUUUAUAAUUUGUUUCACAAUCUGGUAAAGGCAUAAACGAUUUAAUCUAUGGUGCUACUUAUUUCUUUUAUUGUGCUUACUUUUACGUUAGUUUUAUUAAUUUAAAUAUAUCUAUAGUAAUUGUAUAUUUCUUAUGAUAAUAAAUAAUGUGUAUCCGGUAUUGAAGAUGAAUAGAUAUUGUGUAAAUAAUGAUUGUUAGAAAUGUAAUGCAAAUAUUCAGUGGACGUUAUUAAAGAUUUUAUCAUAGAAUUGGUGGAUUAAUAUAAUAUUUAAUUUACAAGAAACUGAUUAUUACAUAGCGCAUAAGACAGGUAACAGUGUAUGGCGUCACGUACCAAAUACAAAUCUAUGAUCGAAAUGAACGGGAAAUUAAAACUAUUUUAUCAUUUAAAAUUGGAGAAAUCUGUAGAGCAUACAGACUUAUAAAUUGUUUUUGGUCGCAUCGACGCAGACUGGAAGAUAGUCUCGUAAUAAUGAUUGUAAAGUUAAAAUGUUUUUGAAUUCCCUAUAAUCUGGAGAUCAAUGAUUUUCGUUAUUAUUAAGUUCUUACUUUAAAUUGUUAAAGAUAAAUAUAUUAAUCGUUUCGUAGUUGACUUCGAUUGAUUCAUUUCUUAUUAAAUAAUAAUUAUCUAUGUGUAGAAACAAACAUAGUGAUAUAACAAAACGUUGUUUUAAAUAUAAUUAUUGUGUCGUAGUGACUUUUUGUCUGUAAAUUUUGAAUGUUUCUUACAACAGCUUGUGCACUGCCAUGAGGUUAAUGAUAAUAACACGUAGUUGUCAGUGUGAUACUAUAAGUGAACAUCGGAGCCGGCUGCCAGCGCAAGGACGUCUGCGAUGUGCGACUGUAAUAAUCAUGAGGAGUUUUGUUAUACUUCCUGUUUAAGUAUUUUUAGUCUUAAGACAUGCGAAUAUUUGUAUGUUGUCCAGUUCACAUUGCUCAACUCUUUAGGAGCUGAACUUUUCACGUUGGAGUAAUAUUAAUAAAGCGGAUGAGACUGA